AUGGAAGGUGGAGAAGAGGCAGGCAAACACCUUCGAACCGCAAUUUUGGAAUACUACAAGACCAAUACCAGAUACCAUGCUGAUGACCGGGUCAUCAUUCGCGUCUAUGCCAACUCUCACGGUCUGAGCAGAACUUAUAAAGCAGCUAAAAUCAUUAUCGAAGAAGCCGUCUUUGACCAAUUCAUGGUUGGGUUCAACAGAAGUCACCCGCUCUCAGACUACGUCGAUGCAGGCAGCCACAAGGAGGCCGCUGACUCCAAAAUGAAAGCAAACCUCGAGCUCUUCUAUCGCAACUAUCAUUGUCAACACAUUAUCUUCGGUGGUUCUGCAGACAGCAGCUACGCUGGCUUUCUCGGUCCGUAUGCACUCCCAAACACGCUCAACGAUCGCAUCACGCUCCUUGAGGGCCCAGCCUUCCCAUUCGACCUCAAGAAAGUCGCCCAAGGAUUCCAUCAAAUAUCCUUCAAGACGAUCUUUCGGUCAACCAAGAUUCAAAUCGCUCCGAAUGGUACGAUCGCCCUCACCGCUGGUGUCAAGAGACCUGCACCUGAUACAUUGUCAGUAGUGCGGGAUCGCCAAUCGCCGCGGCCUGCGACUACCGCUUUGACACCUCCCACGACCAAGCUUGCUUUAGUUGCCCAGCAGCCUGCGGCGCCGCCGAUUGUUCCUUCGCCGAUUGUUCCUUCGCCGAUUGUUCCUUCGCCGAUUAUUUACCAGAACCAAUAUGGCCAGCGACUGGAUAUACCGCUCAAAAUCGACAAGCAGUAUCUCCAGUACCUCUACGAUUUCAAUUCACGUCUCUGCAACAAUUUCUACCUGAAAGGUCACUGCCCGUACGGCGCGAAUUGUGAGUGGGAUCAUUCACAAGUCCUCAACCAAGUCCAGCUCGAUACCUUUCGAUAUAAAGCUCGAACAUCCGCCUGCCGAAAUGCGUUCUGUCAGGAUCCUCAAUGUCCACUUGGCCACAUGUGUCCGCGCAAUGGGGCAUGCCACAUCCCUGCGUGCAAAUUUCUUCCGGAGAUGCACAACAUAGAUGUUAGCCAAGUUUACGAAUACAACACUGCAACCCACGAGAGGAAGAGGGUGUCAUUGUCUGUCUAG